UCCGGAAAAGCUUCCAAGGCCUCUGCUGAAGAGCUGAAAGCUGCCUACCGGAGGCUGUGUAUGCUCUACCAUCCGGACAAGCACAGGGACCCGGAGCUCAAAUCACAGGCAGAACGGCUGUUUAACCUUGUUCACCAGGCCUAUGAAGUGCUUAGCGAUCCCCAAACAAGGGCCAUCUAUGACAUAUAUGGGAAGAGAGGCCUGGAGAUGGAAGGAUGGGAGGUUGUGGAGAGAAAGAGAACUCCAGCUGAGAUCAGAGAGGAGUUUGAGAGACUCCAGAGGGAGCGGGAAGAGCGGAGACUGCAGCAGCGAACCAACCCCAAGGGAACCAUCAGCGUCGGAGUCGAUGCCACUGACCUUUUUGAUCGCUAUGAUGAGGAAUAUGAAGAUGUGUCCGGAAGUGGCUUUCCGCAGAUUGAGAUUAAUAAAAUGCACAUAUCCCAGUCCAUUGAGGCACCCUUGACAGCUACAGACACAGCGAUCCUCUCCGGAAGUCUCUCCACCCAGAAUGGCAAUGGUGGCGGUUCCAUUAACUUUGCACUCCGGCGGGUCACUUCUGCAAAGGGAUGGGGAGAGUUGGAGUUUGGAGCUGGAGACCUCCAGGGGCCUUUAUUUGGUCUCAAGCUGUUCCGUAAUCUCACACCAAGAUGCUUUGUGACGACAAACUGUGCUCUGCAGUUUUCAUCCCGUGGGAUCCGGCCUGGCCUUACCACUGUCCUAGCUCGGAACCUGGACAAGAACACCGUGGGCUACUUGCAGUGGCGAUGGGGCAUCCAGUCGGCCAUGAAUACUAGCAUCGUCCGGGACACUAAGACUUGCCACUUCACUGUGGCCUUGCAGCUGGGGAUCCCUCACUCGUUUGCACUGAUCAGCUAUCAGCACAAGUUCCAGGAUGAUGACCAGACACGGGUGAAAGGGUCCCUCAAGGCAGGCUUCUUUGGGACAAUAGUGGAGUAUGGAGCUGAGAGGAAGAUCUCCCGACACAGCGUCUUGGGUGCUGCUGUGAGCAUUGGCGUGCCGCAGGGGGUGUCUCUCAAAGUCAAGCUGAACAGGGCCAGUCAGACCUACUUCUUCCCGAUCCACCUGACGGACCAGCUGCUCCCCAGUGCCGUCUUCUAUGCCACCGUGGGACCACUAGUGAUCUACUUAGCAAUGCACCGUUUGAUCAUCAAACCAUACCUCAGGGCUCAGAAAGAGAAGGAACUGGAAAAGCAAAGGGAGAACACAGCCAGUGACAUCCUGCAGAAGAAACAAGAGGCAGAAGCUGCUGUGCGGUUGAUGCAGGAGUCUGUCCGGAGAAUAAUCGAAGCAGAAGAGUCCAGAAUGGGGCUCAUCAUCGUGAACGCUUGGUACGGGAAGUUUGUCAACGACAAGAGCAGGAAGAAUGAGCGAGUGAAGGUGAUUGACGUGACCGUCCCGCUGCAGUGCCUGGUAAAGGACUCCAAGCUCAUCCUCACUGAGGCCUCCAAGGCUGGGCUGCCAGGGUUCUAUGACCCGUGUGUUGGGGAGGAGAAGAGCCUGCGAGUGCUGUACCAGUUCCGAGGCGUGCUGCACCAGGUGAUGGUGCCCGACAGUGAGGCCCUGAGGAUACCAAAGCAGUCUCACAGAAUCGACACAGACGGAUAAACCACUUGGAACCCUGAGUAAAAAGGCUACAAAAUACUUUCCGGGGAGUCUACAAAUUUGGAGCAGGGAAAACCCAGACAUGAGAUGUUUUUUGUUUAUCCCUCAAGAAGGUGGCACUGUAUCAAUUAUGUGAUGGGACAUGCAGACAGCCUAGCCUCGUGGGUGCUGUGGGCAAGGACUGCGGAGCCCCACCCUGGCCAGACCACAGCAUGGCCACAUCUUUCCCAAGGAUCAUGUUCCUGGAGGACAGCGCCUGAACCGACUCGAGGUCACCCCAACCCGGUCCUCGUGAAUGGCCAUGCACAGCCACUCUCGGGAGGCAUUUGGGACAUCCUCACACAUGGACUGUUCUUCCUGAAGUCCACGCUGCACCUGGGAAACAUGAAAAGGAAGGUGUGGCGCGUGCUGCUCAGUAGACUCCACAAGCCACCUUUCUCUUCUAGAACAUUACAGAGUGGACUGGAGAGGACUGUGGGUUUAUAAAACUGCUUUUUAUCCGAAAACAA